CUAACGCUACGUAGCUCCUGAGCCAAUAUACAGCAUGUUUGAGACGACUCGUCUGGCGCUACUGUACUUCUAGAGCUAGAUAUUAACUCUGUCUCCAGCCUCUAGAGCUCACUUCACUAUGGCCUCAGACGAGCUGUCGUCCAAGCUGAGCCGGCGGCUCCAGAUCGAGGAGGGAGCCGAGGAGCCGGUGGCUGUGGACCUCCACGGAGCGCAGGACGGCUCGGAGGAGAAGCCGAGCACGGCCAACGCUGACUCGGAGCUGGGCGCUAAGCUAAUGCGGAGAGAAGAGCUGAACGAGGGGCAGGGGGAGCGGGUCCAGCCCAGCAUGAAGGUCUUCAACCCUUACACCGAGUUCAAGGAGUUCUCCCGGAACCAGAUCAAGGACAUGGAGAAGAUGUUCAAAACGUUUGAUGCUGGGAAAGACAACUACAUUGACCUGAUGGAGCUGAAGCUGAUGAUGGAGAAGCUUGAUGCUCCACAGACACACCUGGGUCUGAAGAACAUGAUCAAGGAGGUGGACGAGGACCUGGACAACAAGCUCAGCUUCAGAGAGUUCCUGCUCAUCUUCAGGAAGGCAGCAGCAGGAGAGCUGCUGGAGGACAGUGGCCUGAGUGUCCUCGCUCGCCUCUCUGAGAUUGAUGUCUCUACAGAGGGGGUCAAAGGAGCCAAGACCUUCUUUGAAGCCAAAGUCGAGGCCAUCAAUGUGUCCAAUCGUUUUGAGGCCGAGAUCCGUCAGGAGCAGGAGGUCAAGAAGAAGCAGGCAGAGGAGCAGAAAGUGAGACGUGCUGCUUUCAAAGACCUGCAGUCAGCCUUCAAGUGAACGCCUCUCCCUCCUCUCAGGAUCUGUCGAUGCCUAUGCUUGUCUACUGCUGUCAGUUUGUCAAUGUGUGUGUUUAAAGCUCCUUGUAUGUCAGACAGUUGUAGGUCAAAUUUUAGCACAUGCUCAAAGCCCUACAUAUGCUGGUCACUAGUCCAUGAUACAUUAUGAAUAUUCGUAAAGGCCAGCACCUCUUAGGCAGAACACUGAUGAAGAGUCAUUUAUUCAUCCACUGAGAGCUUUCUAUAAAUUCAGCUAUGAAGGUUCCAGUAGAGCAGUUUCUCUUCGGCGGCGCUGAGCUGAAUGAGUGGAUGAUUCUUAGAGUAUCUGUCAUCUACCACUGGGUCCCAACAUCAAAGAGCCACAUUUUGCCCAGUUGUCACUCUGUGGCCCUCUGUGCCACCUCUGAUUACACUCUGAAAUAUAAACUCUGAUUAAGAGGUCUCCAGCUAAAAUGAUUAUCAGGGUGAUAAUAGUGAAUUUCUGCCUCAAAGUAUAAUAAACUGCUCCGCAGUGUUUUUAGUGACACCUUCAGACGCAUGGAUUUGUUAGUCCACUUAGCCGAUACAACUGCCUCACCUUUACACCAACAUUGCCACUUGCUGUGAGUGAUUUUCAGUCUCAACACCCAGUACCUUUUUGUAAAAUCUGUAAGCUAUGGCCAAAAUGACUGUGCCUAUUUCUAUGUGUUUGUAUAGACUAGUGAUGAAUGCACAUGGCACGGCUGUUGUGAAUGUCAGCUUUUAAUUUUUUUUAUUUUAGCUCUUUUUCAAUUUACUCAUUCCAAAAUGAAUUAAAUUCACACUUUGCACACAAGUUAAUGUUCAGUGUUAAACAAAUACAACACUUCCAAAAAUGUUGGGAUGCUUUCAACAACAUAAAUAAAGGGGAUCAUUUGCUAA